AUGGCUGCCCCCACUAUUGAAAAGAGAUGGUGGAAAGAAGCCGUCGUUUACCAAAUUUACCCCGCCAGCUUCCUUGAUACCAAUGGCGACGGCUUCGGCGACAUCCCCGGCAUCAUCAACAAAGUGCCAUACAUCAAGUCAUUAGGUGUAGACACCAUCUGGCUCUCCCCAAUCUUCGCAUCCCCCCAAAAGGACAUGGGCUACGAUGUGGCCGAUUACCGCUCCAUCCACGCGCCAUACGGCACAAUCGAGGAUGUCCAGACCCUCAUCGAUCAACUUCACGCAAACAACAUGCGCAUUCUCAUGGAUCUGGUAGUCAAUCAUACCAGCGACCAACAUGCCUGGUUCAAAGAAUCUCGCAGCUCAAAAGCCAAUCCCAAGCGUGACUGGUACAUCUGGCGGGACCCCAAAUUCGACGAAACUGGGAACCGGAAAGAACCCAAUAAUUGGAAAUCUAUCUUCGGGGGUAGUGCGUGGGCUUUCGACGAGCCUACGGGACAGUACUAUCUCGCCCUUUUCCUGCCGAGUCAACCAGAUCUCAAUUGGGAGAGCUCUGCAAUGCGUGAAGCAACACAUGAUGAUAUGCGUUUCUGGCUUGAUCGCGGGGUUGACGGGUUCCGUAUCGACAGUAUGAACUUGAUGUCCAAGCAUCCGGAUUUGCCAGAUGGGAAGAUCGUCAACUACGAGCCCUACCAAUCCGGCGCGGAAUUCUUUGCCUCGGGUCCUAGAAUGCACGACUACAUCCGCGAAAUUCGAACCAAAGUGUUAGACAACUACGACGUCAUGACCGUUGGCGAGCUGGGCUUCACGAAAGAUGAACACUCUGUUAGUCAAUAUGUCGCGAAAGACCGACAUGAACUAAACAUGCUGUUCACCGGUGAUAUCGUGGACAUGGACCACGGCGCCAGUGGAAAGUACGAGCGAAACGACUUCCAUCCUCGAAGAAUCCGAGAAAUUACCAAUCUAUGGCAAACGGUGAUGCCCAAAUUCGAUGGCUGGAACACUGUUUACCUCGACAACCAUGAUAGUGGCCGAUCCGUUUCGCGUUAUGCUUCUGAUGCACCCGAGCACCGGGCUACGGCGGCUAAGAUGCUGGCUACGUAUCUGACGACGUUGAGCGGGACGCCCUUUAUGCUGGCUGGUCAGGAAAUCGGUAUGGCCAAUCUCGGCACCGAGUAUGGAGUUGAUGCGUACAUCGAUGUCGAAGGGCAGAAUUAUUAUAAUGAAGUUCUGCAAGCUCGAGGUGGCGAUGAGUCUAAGAUGGGUGAUGUGCUGCGGGAAUUGCAGCUCAAGUCUCGAGACCACGGUCGGUUGCCCAUGCAGUGGGACAAUUCGCUGAACGCGGGCUUCACUACUGGCCAGCCUUGGAUGACGGUUAAUAAAGAUUACGUGGAUUGGAAUGUUGCGAGUCAGGUGGAGGAUCCCGAGAGCAUCAUGGCGUAUUGGAAGCAGAUGAUUGCGCUGCGGAAGGAGUUGGCUGAUGUUUUUGUGUACGGCUCUUAUACACCGUUGCCAGAGUCUGAUACUGGUGAGAUGGUACUUGGGUAUGAACGGACGUGCAAAGAGACCAGUCAGAGCGCAGUCGUGAUUCUGAACUUCUCUGAUCGCGAAUCGAAGGUGUCUGUGAAGACUGAUGGUAUGCGAGUUUUGGUCUCCAAUCAGGCUGCUCAUCUUGGAGAUCAUGUUGAGUUGAGACCUUUUGGCAGUAUUGUUCUAUUGACAGCAUGA